UUAUUGAUUUAAUAGCCAAAAUUAUUGGACAUAAAAUUGUGUUUCCCUUUCUUAAUUUUAAAAAUUUAUUUCAUUUACUAAUAUCAACAUCAAAAAACUCAUUAAUUUUUCUCAUUCAUUUAUUAAUUUAAAUAUUUAAAACUUGCCUUUAAACUUUUAUUUUUCCUUCAAAUUACCCCCAUUUUCUUUAUUUUUUUCAAUUCUGCGCGCAUCUCUCUCGAAUUUAAUUUCUUUAAUUAUAUGUAUACCAAAACACCUACAUUUAAUAUAUUUUUUACUACUAAUCUACUUUCGCAAUCGAAAAGAGUUUUGAGAGAAUUUAAAGAAGAUACACGUAGAAGAGCAUUUCAAUUGACAUAUUACACCUUCUUUACAUAUUUAAAUACAAAAUAUUAACCAUCGAUUUGAGCAUUUUAUAACUGUUGCAAAAAAGUAUUCAAAUAAUAAGUUUAGAGCUGGCAAUUUUAUUUUCUCUCUCUCCUUUCCCUUUACAUUUUACAACAUU